AUGGGAUACACCAACUCCGCCGACGUCCUGGCAUUACGAAUAGAGGACGAUCGUGAGGUGUCCCUAAAACUAUGGAACUUACAUUUAUUCUCUUCUGGAGCUUUUAGUAACGUAUAUCGUGGAUUUGUUAUAUCAGAUACUAAUGUACCAAAAGAAAUUGUAAUCAAAAAGACGUGGUCCGGACCGAGGGAAGCGUCUGCACUAACCUGUUAUGAAAUUCAAAUCCUAAAGAUGCUCAGUCGACUUAAUCAUAAGAAUGUGAUACGCCUACUCUAUAGCUACCGUACUAGAUACUCGGAUAACACAUGCUACUCGCUCAUUUUCGAAUUUUUCCCACUUAAUCUCUAUCAAUAUUUGAAAAAAUUCAACAGAAAAAUUGGCCUGGUUGAGACGAAAAUGUUCGCUUGGCAAUUGUUUCGUGGACAAUAUCAUCUAUUACGAGCAGGGAUCUGUCAUCGUGAUAUAAAACCACAAAAUUUGCUUAUCGAUGAAGAAUCCGGUCUGUUAAAAAUCGGUGAUUUUGGAUCAUCGGCAGUUGAGCCAAGAAAAGCUCCACAACCGAGCUAUCAUGUGACAAGGUAUUAUCGACCACCAGAACUUCUGCUUGGAGCGAAGAUAUACGGUUGUGAAGUUGAUAUAUGGUCAUCCGCAUGUGUUUUUGGAGAAAUGUUACGCGGUGCUGUACUUUUCCCUGGAAAAAAUACUUUCAAUCAGCUUGAACUUUACAUCGAUUGCUUUGGCUUACCCACUGACAAUGACGCGGAUUCAAUGAACGCGUCGAAACGUAAAUGGAAAGAAUUGAAAUCGCGCUAUACUGAUAAAAAAUGUGCAGGUCAUCAUUUAAGUAAGAUAUUACCGAACACGAAAGAUUGUCCGGCGGAAGCGAUAAGUAUUCUGGAACAGAUGCUUGUUUACAUGCCUACUAGACGAUUACAUGGAACGCAACUACUAUGCGAUCCAUUCUUCAAGGAUCUAUUUGAUAAGAACACGAGGCGACCGUCAGGAAAACCGAUCGGAUGUCUGAGCAGUGCUGAUGUGAAUGAAGUCCUCUCUGGAGACGUUUCAAUGACCGGAUCCAUACAGUAG